AAAGCCUGUGUGAUUCGACCAGCGCCUUUGUGAAUAGCAUACGGAGGAUCUAUUUCCUCCUCAAAGGCGGUGAGGCGUGCCCUCGCUUCUUCAUCACAGGAUAAUCCUCCCCUGUUACAUGUUACACAGAUUUCCGGUCAAACAACUACAUAUAACACAUUGCUUGCCUUGGUAUCUCUUGGUCCACUUUGAGCCCCUGCGUCAAACCUCCCCGGAAUAAAUACUAGUGCCACUCUUCGUGUUCUGAGCUGCAUACGUAUCGCGGCCUAUGACCAUGUCUCGGACGCGCCAGGUACCGUUAGAGGCAACAAGUAGUUCUCAAGUUCAGUCGACCGAGGACCAUCCCAGCAAUUCAUCGGCUGUUCUUGUCUCAACCACUUUGAGGUUAAGAGCAGGGGAUGGGCGUUCUACUAGGGCAAUUAGCCAGGACGAGAGCACAUCCCGACAUAUACGAUGGAGUGAAGAUGUCAUAGAUAAUGAAGGGAUGGGGAAGAAAAGUUCCAAAGUAUGCUGCAUUUAUCACAAAAACCGGCCUAUUGGCGACAGUAGCUCAGAAUCCGAGUCCUCGGACUCCAGUAUGCCUGAUUCCGAUACAGACAGUGACGGAGAAUUGGGCUGUCGUAGAGGGGCGGCACGCCCUCACCCUCCAAAUCAAAGCGAUAGUCGUGAUCAAAGGCCUUCACCGAGAAGGGAACGAACCGUCGCCCAUCGCCAUGAGAAGAAAGCGAAACGAAAACCAAGCCCAAAUGCCUACGAGAAGAUGCCAAAGACUGCAAAGGGUCGCUGAAAAUACUUGAACUCUUCUUGUGUGGAGUGAAGCUGUGGCUGACCUGAAAGUUUUAAAGUCUGAGAGCACAACUGCGAUCCCCCGAUAGCGUUCAUUUCUUUCGCAACGAGGCGGUCCAUCCCGUGGAAGUCAGAUUCUCGAAUCUAGUACUCGGGCGGCAUACUAACCAGCGGGGCCGGUCUCUAAGGGUUUUUCUUGCCUUGUACGCCGAUCUUCCUUGGAUAAUGAUGACACUCAAAGUGCUGCGCAUGGAAAGAAUAUAGAUGGUGCGGAUAUGUAUGGCACAUAGUAUCCAUAUUGGGCCCGUUUCGAGACUUCGAUGCAGGAAAUCUACCUCGUUGAUCUCACAAUCCCUCUUUUCAAGAUCUAAUGGAAGACAAUUUAUAAUAGUUAAGGUCCAUGUUGCGAACUACGGAUGCCUGGGCCAAUGUAGGCGUUGCUUGUUUUCAACUAUGAAACAUA